AUGGAAAGGCAUGCUAAAGUGAUGUAUGAUCCACGGUGUGAUCAUAAGAUUCUGAAAUUGUGUAUUGGGAUGGGAUUUAUUGAUGGUUUUCAAGCAAGGGAUGCUCUGACAGACCAUGCAGUUGAGAAUGGUUGGGAGAUACACUUUAAAAUGGCAAGUAGGAAGGCAUUUGAGGCAACUUGCAAGAGUCCUUGCAAAUGGUUCUGUUCUUGGAGUAUAGUGAAGAUGAAUGGUACUGUUGUGAUAAAGAAACUUGAACCGGAUCACACAUGUCCAAGGGCUAUGAGAAACAAGAUUGUGACCUCAAAUUGGAUUGCCAGAAAAUACUUGCAUGUGUUUAUACUUAGGCCAGAGUUCAGUUGUAAGGAGUUGGGUAAGGACUUGAUGCAACGGUUUGCAUUUGAUGCAACCAAAUGUAGGUUAUACCACUCCAAGAGAAAGGCAAUUGACAUGCUGAGGGGAAAGGUGGAAGCUCAUUAUGCAAAAAUGAGGAGCUACAUUCUGGAGUUGAGUAAGUCUGACAGAGAAGGGUGGUUUGAACUACAUGUAGAUGUAGGUGCUGUUUUCAAGGCUGUGUACAUCGGUUUCAGUGGCCUGAGAAAGGGAUUCAAGGAGGGAUGUAGACCUGUAAUUGGUCUAGAUGGGGCUUUCCUGAAGACAUAUCUUGGUGGGAUAUUGCUAACCGCUGUAGGGACUGAUGGAAACAAUCAAAUGUACCCCAUUGCUUGGGCUGUGGUUGAAGCGGAGAAUGAAUUAUGCUGGACUUGGUUCAUUAAAAUUCUGAUUGAGGAGUUGACAUUGGGUGAAGGAGUAGGAAUCACCAUUAUCAGUGAUCAGCAAAAUGGACUUGAAAAUGCAGUACAGAGUCUACUUCCAUUGGCUGAGCAUAGAAACUGUGCAAGGCAUAUCUAUGCAAACUGGAAAAAACACACAAAGAAUGUGUAUGAUUAUGUCCAUGAAUACUUCUCGUUGAGCAAGUACAAGUUGGCCUAUGGAUAUGGGUUGCCAUCAUUAAAUGGGGAGAAGCUCUGGCCUCAUGCUUAG